GGCUGGUUCACACUCGCCGAGUCUGCUGUGUGGAUGGUAUGGAUGCUACCGGCUGUGUGAAAGAGAUGGAGGCCGGUAGAGCAGAAGAGGGAGAGGCUCGGGAGGACAGCAGCGAGUGCCAGAGACUGAAAGCAGAGAGAGAUGAAGCUGAAAGGCAACUCAAGCACAUUAAACGAGUUUCCCAAAUGGUCAUCGAGGAGGUAAACGUACUAACAACCCAGCUGGAGAUUGAGAAAUCCUGCCGGGAAAAUGCAGAGGCUCUGGCCACCAAGUUGAACUGUGAGAACAGAAAGCUGAAGUAUCUGAGUCUGUCAUCACGGCCAUGUCUGGACGAGCUGUUGCCCAGUAUUUCUGACUGCAUUUCUUUAGAAGAGGAGUCUGACCAACAGGAUACCAGCUCUGAUCCCUUCUCUCAGUACAAACAGCAGGUCAAAGAUCUUCAGGAAACAGUGAGUUCUCUGCUGGAUGAAAAGAAGCAGUGGACGUGUCAGCUUCAAGAGCAGAAGAGACAGAUAGAGGAUUUGACAGCACUUACUAAGGAGCAUUCCGAGAUGAAGGAGCUUUAUAAAACCAUUGAGCAGCAAACCAAGACCAUUAAGAGGUUCAACAGGGUGUCUAUGUUGGCCACUCAUGAGUAUGAGAAUAUGAAGGAGCAGCUGGAUUUGGAGCAGAACCUCAGGCAGAAAGCAGAGACCUAUGCACACGAGAUGCUGGUAAAGCAGAAACAAACAAACAGACAGAGCAUGAUUCUCAUGCAGCAGGCCGAUCCCAGCCUUCAGCUGCUUAAAGCUUUAGAAGAUGUGGCCAAUGUGACCAAAACACUGGAAGAAGAAAGACAACGGCACCAAGAGAAGGUCAAAGCUCUCGAGAGCGAGAUGGAUACAUGUGCUUUACGUAAGCAACUAGUUCAACUGCAGCGGCAACUUGAGAUAUUAGAGGAGGAAAAGAAAGAGACGGAAGAGCGACUGCAGGAGGAAGAUAAAAAAAACUGUGUGUUGGAGAAGAAAGUUAAAGAGCUGCAGGAGCCAAAGCGGAGCUGUGAUUCAGCAUCAUGCCCCUCCCCUGGGAUGGCUCCUCCCCCCGCCCCUCUUCCUCAACCUCCUCCACCUCCCCCACCCCCCCCUCCUCCGCCUCCCCCACCUCCUCCCUCCCGCUGCAACCCCAUCAGUUCUCUUAUUGCAAUAAUGAGAAAAUCUUCCAAGGGAGGAAAAGGAUCCCCCAAACCAGAGCAAGUCCCAGAGAAAGAAGCAGUGGAUGAUGUGAAAGUGAAAGCUGUCAAUGAAAUGAUGGAGAGAAUUAAACAUGGGGUGGUUCUCAGGCCUGUCAAAGGGCAGGACACUAAGCAGCAGAGUCCGGCAGCAGAGGAAAAGCCACAGGAGAGCGCAAUGGAUGAGCUGAAAGGCAUCCUGGAGACGGUGAAAAAGAGUCCUAGCCGUGGUUUCCAGGAGACAGUCCAUGUUAAAAAGGACACUGAACUGGAAGUGAUUCAGAGGAGACGCAAACAGGCCUGUGAUCCCAAAACAGAAGAUGAUGCCCAGCUGAGUAAAGUCUCCUCAUCCAACAGUCUGAACUGUCGACAAAGCUCUGACUCUGGUAAAGACUCUGACGUGCCGGGCAGCAGCUCUCUGUCAGGCAGCGAGCGUGGAUCUAGAACAAGCUCAGACUCGUGCCGAGAGGCAGCCGUGGCCCGACAGAUCUCCGAUUCUGGCACAGGGCCUAAAGCAACCAAUCAGCCAGACAUAGUCUGCAGCUCUCUCACUGAAAAAGAGACCAACGAGCCCCCAAAACCCAUCUCCAACGGAUGCUGUUCAGGGGAAGUGAAGGAUGACGAUCCAGAGAAAUGGGCAGGGUCUAACUGGAUUGACCACACAGCUGCAAGUGGCGAGCUGCAUGCCACCAUCUGCACUUCUGCACAAAGCCCCGACGCAGCACACAGUAGCACAGACGCUGACUGCUAACAGAAAGUUGCAUUGCAAGGACAGCUCAAUACUUCGCUCAAAAAACAUGAUUUCUACAUUUAUUUAUUCUAAAUUUAAAAAAAUCAAUUCAUAAUUAAACUAUAGCAAAAACAUUGCAUCAUUGCGGAUUUUGAAAGCAAAGUUUGUUACAAAAACUCACAUAAAAUGUGCGGCAUACACUUUACACUUAAGAUGAAUUCUGAGUUGUUAUGAUUUUGGAUUCAUAUUACAUUCAAAGAUUCAGCAGCUGAGCAACCAAGUAAACUUUUAAAGGUGAAGUAUUUAAAUGCCUUCGUCAUCAAAUAGAUUUUGCAAUUUAAAGCAUGCUUGCUCAAGCGGAGUUUGAGGUGAGAAUGUCUGUUUGUUCGACCAAUAAGAGAUGAAUAAUAUAUGAAAAACAAUAUCACAAAACUAUCCAGAGACAGAAUUACAGCAUUACACAUCAUGGAACCUUUGUUGUUAUAAAUGAAGGCCUUUAGGUUCCAGCUUAUCUAAAUUCACUAAAAGAUGCAAGUUAACGCCAUGCGUGUGUUUCUUAUUGACAAGAAUUUGGUUGUCUAUUCUGUCUACCUCUUUGAACACCCUUACAUCUCAUGGGAUGUAAUAUUGCACAUCCUACAGGUCAGAAAAAUAUAACAUCUUCAAAUAAUGGAGGGCUAUCCAACCACGUCUUCCAUUUGUCUCCAAAACAUUGCACUGCAUGAAUGCUCUGAGCAAACACACGGUUUGGCUUUGAAUGACACAGCUGCGCUAUCUUGAUUCAGACUGGACUCACUGAUGGGCUCCGAUGAAAUAAAAUCUGCAAAUUGUAAUGUUGUGACUGAAGAUCAGGCUGUCUUUAAAAUUUGUCUCAGUGGAUUAUAGUAAUUUAGUGUCCAUUGUUUUUCAUGGUACAAUGACAUCGUCCUGAUACUUGAUUUGACUAUAAUAUCGACAUGUAAUGCAAUUCAACUUUUUGAUGACUGCAACCACAUUUGACAUGGCCAAUAGAUGCAAAUGCAGAAUUGCUCGUUUCACUUGUACAAAAAUUCGAAUAAAAUAACUGUCUAUUUCUCUCUCACACCGUCAUCACAUCUGAAUCUGUUACUAUGGAAAAUAGGUUUACCUAAACCAUUUACAUUUUUUAAUGUAGAGACUUCCUUAACCGCUUCUUAAAGUCUCACCUCUUCUGGAAUGUGUUUCGGCCUUAUACUGUAUGCACCAUUUUAUACUUUCCAGCCUUUUUGGAGUGUAGGCUUGUUUUGUAUAUGUGAGAGAUGACUGAUCUGAUGUGAUGUUGAAAUGAGUGUGUUUUGAAGCUUAAAAACGGAGUGUACCUGUUUUUAUCUGAAGUGCUCGAGUUCAGACUUUAACCUUUUCAAGUCAACUGAAUAAACUUGUGAAGAAAUACA